GGGGGUGGGACUGGGAACCUACAGACGCCACCGCCCCGGGCGCAGCCACAGCCGCCUCCGAGCGGCCGGAGGGAGCAGAAGGUCGCUGCGCCACCGGAGGCCACCCUGCGGAGACCCGCGCCUCUCCUCCGGCCGAGGUCUCCCUCCGCACCCCUCCGGGCACCCCUGGUCCAAACCUCACCACGACAUGGAAGAAUUUUUGCAACGCGCCAAGUCUAAACUGAAUCGAAGCAAACGCUUGGAGAAGGUCCAUGUGGUUAUUGGACAUAAAUCAUGUGACUUGGAUUCUCUCAUUUCUGCCUUCACAUAUGCUUACUUUCUAGACAAGGUCAGUCCCCCGGGGGUUCUCUGUUUGCCAGUGCUGAACACACCCAGGGCUGAGUUCAGCUACUUCACCGAGACAAGGUUUAUUCUGGAAGAGCUAAACAUCUCUGAAUCAUCCCACAUCUUCCGAGAUGAAAUUAACCUGCAUCAGCUGAACGAUGAAGGAAAGUUAUCUAUGACACUCAUUGGCAACAACGUGCUGACGAGUGAGGACAAAGCUUUAGAAUCGGCUGUUGUCAAAGUCAUUAGUCCAGUUGAGCAGAGCAAUGCUGGGCUUGGGUUCGGUGAGUCUUUCUCCUCCCUCGUGGUGAAAGAGAUUCUCCAGGAGGCUCCUGAGCUCAUCACUGAGCAGCUGGCUCAUCUCCUCAGAGGUAGCAUCCUUUUCAAGCACAUGACCAUGGAAUCCGAGAAGAUCUCAGAGAAGCAGGAGGAAAUUCUUUCCAUCCUGGAAGAAAAGUUCCCUAGCUUACCUCCCAGAGAGGACAUCAUCACAGUGCUGCAGGAGAGCCACGCGGGGGCUCAGGGUUUAAGUAUUGAACAAAUAAUGUUGAAGGACCUAAAAGAACUGACAGAUGGAGAAAUAAAGGUGGCCAUCAGUACCGUGAACAUGACCCUGGAGAACUGUGUGUUUCAUGGCAAUAUCACCAGUGAUCUGAAAGCAUUUGCAGACAAGUUCGGUUUUGAUGUCCUCAUCCUCCUGGCCAGCUAUCUGUCAGAGGAGCAGCAGCCAAGACAACAGAUUGCUGUGUACUCCGAGAACCUAGAGCUGAGCAGUCAGAUUUGCUGUGAGCUGGAAGAGUGUCAGAAUCUUUGCCUAGAGCUGGAGCCCUUUGAAUGUGGCUGUGAUGAGAUCCUGGUGUACCAGCAGGAGAACCCUGCAGUGACGUGUGACCAGGUGGUCCUCCUUGUUAAGGAAGUCAUCAAUAGGAGGUGUCCAGAGAUGAUGUCCAACAGCAGGACAUCUUCCACCGAAGCUGUGGCAGGCAGCGCCCCCCUCUCCCAGGGGUCGUCUGGGAUUAUGGAGCUGUAUGGCUCUGACAUAGAGCCACAGCCCAACUCUGUGAAUUUCAUAGAAAACCCUCCAGAUCUCAACGAUUCUAACCAGGCCCCGGUGGAUGCCAACACAGACCUCGUUAGCCCAGACAGCGGGCUGGCCACCAUAAGGAGCAGCCGUUCAUCCAAGGAGAGCUCGGUUUUCCUCAGCGACGACAGUCCGGUGGGAGAAGGUGCCGGGCCUCACCAUAGCCUCCUCCCAGGGUUCGAUUCCUACAGUCCCAUCCCUGAAGGGGCAGUGGUGGAGGAGCAUGCCCUGUCCAGAGGACAUGGGGAACACUUCGACCUCUUCAGCUUUGAUCCAACACCCAUGGUUUCUGGACAGUCCCAACCAUCUUCCCAUUCGGCUGACUACUCCCCAUCCGAUGACUUCUUCCCCAACAGCGACUCGUCAGAAGGACAGCUCCCCUUGGGGCCUAAAGAGCUCAUUGGGAUGGGGAUGAAUAUGUCUAAUUAUUCAUCCAGCUCGCUUUUGUCAGAGCCCGGCAAAGAUAACCUCGUGGAAUUUGAUGAGGAGUUUGUCCAGCAACAAGAAAGCCCCCUCGGGGAUAACUCUCAAGGAAAUUUGAGCCUCACAGACUUUGUGGGAGAGGAAUCUCUCUCUCCUGAAAAGGGAAUCCCACCAACACCUAUGAAUAGCUUUGUGGAAAGCUCCCCAUCCACUGACGACCCAGCUCUACCCUGUUCAGAAGACAUGGCCCCAAAAACAGUCGACGCGGGUCACUCGGGGCCACCUCAGCCCCGUGUGCGGUGCCGCAGCUGGUGGGGUGGCUUGGAAAUUGACUCUAAAACGAUUGCAGAUGCGUGGAGCUCCAGUGAACAGGAGUCCGUCUUCCAGAGCCCUGAGUCCUGGAAAGAUCAUAAGCCAAGCCCAGUGGAUAGGAGAGCCUCUGAUUCUAUGUUUCAAUCAAAGAGUCUCGAAUGCUCAAAGCCAGAUCCCUGGGAGUCAGAAUUUGGUCAGCCUGGGCUGGGCAAUGAGAAUAUCCAAGACCAACAGGAGGAAAGCUUGCAAUUUGAGAACCUGCCCACUGAGAAGUCGCAUUUGCCAGACGCUUCUCCUCAAGGGACAAACCAUCUGAUAGAGGACUUUGCUGCCCUAUGGCGCUCAGAUCGCUCCCCCACAGCAAUGCCCGAGCCGUGGGGCAAUCCCAUGGAUGGCGGUGAACCAACUGCCACAGUGUCAUUCCCAGCCUGGGGUGCAUUUGGGAAAGAAAAUGACACCAAGGGCUUAAAAAAUACCUGGAAUCUGCACCCAAUGAGUGGGGAGACACCUUCUGUGAGAGACCCGAAUGAAUGGGUUGUGACAAAAAGUGGAUAUUCUUUUCCUGCAGAAGACCUGGCAGACAGAUCGCCCAGUGAGGCAAGCAAUGAAGCAGCUCCAGAAAUCUGGGGCCAAAAGUCAGCCCAUGACUCCAGGGCUGACAUCCUCAUACCUGGAAACCCCAGGUCUGACCCAGAGCAUGCAUGGAAUAGCCCUAAGCCCACCAAGGAAGAUCAGGAUGGUGGCGUGGAUCCAAAAGUGAGGGGGAAAGUCUAUGAAAAGGUAGAUUCGUGGAACCUUUUUGAGGAGAGUAUCAGGAAGAGAGGGUCAGACAUCCUAGCUCCUUGGGAAGAUUCCUUCCUGUCAUAUGAAUGUUCCGAUUACAGUGCCUCCAACAUAGGGGAAGAUUCGGUGCCUUCCCCUUUAGAUACCAACUAUUCCACCUCCGAUUCCUAUACAUCACCGACAUUUGCUGGAGAUGAAAAAGAAAUGGAAAAUAAGCCCCUUACUCAUGAGGGAGGUUUUGAGUCAAAAGAUGCUAACUCUGCCACGGAAGAGGCUGAAAUCCCUCCUCAGUCACCACUGCAGCCGCCCAGACAUCGAAUUAGCUCAGAUCCCGGGAACCUAGAAAUGUGGGCUCCACCUCACGCAGACACUAGUUCUGAAAGAAAUGCCACUCACAACCCAGAGGAAGAUGUACUCAGGACAGAGCCCACAGAUGACAAGGACAUCUCCGUGGAGGAGGAGGUUGGGGAGAGCAGCCAGUCCAGUUACGACGACCCCAGCAUGAUGCAGCUGUACAAUGAAACCAACCGGCAGCUCACGCUCCUGCACAGCAGCACCAACUCCAAGCAGGCGGCUCCCGACAACCUCGACUUGUGGAACAGAGUGAUCCUGGAGGACACUCAGUCCACUGCCACCAUCUCGGAUAACGAUUUGGACUGGGAUGACUGCAGCGCAGGGGUGGUGAUCCCUGGUGAAGGUCAAGCACAAGGACUCACAGCGGAAGGCACCGAGCCCGAAACCCGGUUUUCAGUGAGACAGCUAGAACCGUGGGGCAUGGAGUAUCAGGAAGCGACGCAGGCAGACUGGGGACUCCCUGCUUCUUACGAGCAUAGCAAGGACGCCACUCCCAAUAAACAUCAUGAGCUGAAUGAAAAGAGCGGGCAGCUCAUUGCAAAUAGUAUUUGGGAUUCUGUCAUGAGAGAUAACGACAUGUCAUCAUUAAUGCUAUCAGGCCCGGCGAAUGUUACAGAUUCAGAACAAAGCAGAGUGCCUCCCGAAACUCCCAGCUCAGAAAAAAUUAAGGGCAGUACCAUUCCAGAUGUGCUAGAAGCCUCUGGAGCCAGUGAGUCAGGAGCACUUGGUCCAGACCAGGAAAACACAUGCAGAGGAAACCUGCCAGGUGAUACAGUGGUGUCUCUAGCAACCAGGCUGGAGAAUCCAGGGCAUGUUGUAUGCUCAGAUCCAUGGAAAGGUCCUCACUAUGGACAAAGUGAGAAUGAAACAGAAACCUACAGAGCUGUUGAUAGGGAGCACCUGAGCGAGGAGGAAGUGAUGGAUGGAGCCUCGGGAACUUCUGGAAAAGGGCAAGGUGACCAGGAAUGCUGUCCCCUAGUUGUAUCUGAACGUGAAGAAAUCUGCAAUGAGUCAAGCAAAAUCAGCUCUCCUUCAGUCACUUCAAGUCCUCAAACUGAGGAAUCCCAGGAGGCUUUAGAGCAUGAGAAGGGAUCUUACGAUUCAGACCCCUGUGAUGUGCAAACUGAGGUGUCCACAAACCACUUACAGGCAAAGGAGACCUGUGAAAAGCAUCUCGAGAAUCACAGAAAUUCAGGUGAAACUACUGACAUUCCAGAGAAGCUGACUUUAACAAAAAAUGUAUCUUUACCUGAAAUGAAUCUUGAGAUAACUGAAGAAUGUAACAUUCUGGAGCCAGAGAGAGUAAACCAAGAGCCACCACCUGCAUGUCCCCAAAGCCUUGAUGUUUGGGAUGGCCCUACAGACAGUGAUGUGCAAGUCAGUUGCACAAGUUCUGAGAUAACUACUUACCUUGAAGGUAAGAGUGCUGAAAACAGCCCUCCAGGAGCCAUUUCUUCAGAAAAUUAUGACAGAGAGAGUGUUUCUAGUGAGUAUUCACAUUCCAGUGCAUCAAGUCCUGACCUCAAUGAUUCUUCAGCUGCACAGCUUUCUUGGGAUCAUGAACCCAAUACUGGGCGUCAGAAGGAGACUCAAGAUGACUGGAGUAAACAGAAUCACCAAGAAUCCGGACUCAUUACUACUGGUGGCCAAGUGGAAGUAAUUACCGAGAUGAAGGACCUGGAGAAAAACAGAAUGGACAAGUUUGAAAGGAGCUUAGGUCAAAAGGUUCCUACAUAUUUAGAGAUAUGGAAUGACUCAAUAGAUGGUGAUUCCUUUUCCUCUCUAUCCAGCCCUGAAACAGGCAAAUAUUCUGAAUAUUCAGGUGCAUAUCAGGAAAGAAAUCUAGUGGUUAGCCACCAGGAGAAAAAUGAACAUAAUAUUCCUGACGCUGUGCAGACAGAGGAUGCCAAGUUCAUGUCAUCAAGCUCAGGUUCCGACGAUGAUAGCAUAGGCGAUGAGGAGUCAGUAGAGGAAGAGAACCAUUUGGUCACUUGCCAGGUUGCUCAGAGCGAACCCAGAGCUUGGGACUCAUCAAAUGAAUCUAAGUUCUUGGACAUGGACAAUCCCAAGUCUGAGGAGUUAUCUGCCUAUGCAGGCAAUUCAGGACCAGCAGAGAAUGAGAACACAUCAGACCCAUUCUAUGACAAUCCACAAAGCAGUGCUGAUCACUCUAAUUUCUCACCACUAAAGGAGACUGAAACACAGAUGAUAGCAGUAGAUAAGGAGACAAGAUCCCCAGAAACAGGGACAGGAAAUAUCAUAUGGCAAAUAUCUCCCAAAACUGAACCAAAGAAUGAAAACAAUUCUAAACUAGAAAUGCUUGACUUCCCAGCUGAGAGCACUGAGUGGUGGAAUGCAUCUCUUCAGGAAGGGCAACCAAUUGAGAGAGCAUUUGAGGGGGAGCUGUCUAACUCAGGUGGUAUGUUAGAGAUGAAUUCUUCAGUAUACCAACACAUUGGUCCCUGGGGCAUUCCCAUUCAGGGUGAUAUGGAAUCCAUGGACACACAUUGUACUAAUCCUUUCAGUGAUGAACAUCAGUCACCCUUUCUGGAUAAUAAUGUGGAAAACUCCCAUGAACAACUUUGGAACAUUCAACCACGGCAGCCAGAUCCAGAAGCUGAUCAGCUUAGCCAACUUGUAAUAUUGGACCAGGUUAAAGAAAAGGAUCCCGGAGAGCAAACUUUCAUGUCUUCUGCUAAUGACAAACUCACUUCUGAAACACCUAGCCAAGAGCAGUGUCAUGAUACAGUGCUGUCUGUCUGGGAUCAGCCAGACCCAGCAUUUACUCACAUAGAUGAAAAUAGAUCUGUUACAUCUAAUGUCUCAACUAUUGCAUGUCAAGAAACAAAUUGGUGGGAGGAAGAAAAAUCGUACCCCAGUAAAAUGACAAAUUCAAUCAUUGCCUCCAAAGAUUCCCCUGCUGUCAGUUCUUCUACCCAGUUGAUAAAGAAGGCAGGAGCUGAAUGGGAUGGCUCUACCCCUAGUGAGGGCCCCCAAAGCACGUUUGUUCCAGAUAUCUUACAUGACAAUUUUCAAGAGAGUGGGCAGUUGGCCUCAGCUUCACCUGACUUGUGGGUGGAUGCUAAGCAGCCCUUCAGUUUGAAAGCAGAUGGUGAGAAUCCUGACAUACUGACUCACUGUGACCAGGACAGCAAUUCUCAGGCUUCCAACAGCCCUGAUAUUUGCCAUGAUCGUGAAGCCACGCAAGAGACUGGGCAGUACAUCAGUGCUAGGAUGGAACCUGAAGAGGAAGCCAAUGAGUUAUAUCUCACCGAGCCAAAGCUGGAUGAAGGGCCCAAUCAUGAGCCUGGGCAGGAAUUUGUCCCAUACAGUUCAGAACCAUGUUCUGAAAACAAAAUUCCACUGCCUCCCACAAGCGACCAAGAGAACACAAAUGGCUCAUCUCAGCCUGCCAUCUCUCCUAGUGGUUCUCCCGAACCUUCUGAAAUAAAUGAUGAGAACGACACCAGUUUAAAAGCAUCAGAAGAAGGAGCCGACCCCGAGACGGCACCAGUGUGGGAGCCCAUAGACAGAACAAUCCCAAUGAUGAAAAGGGUGGGAACCGCUAUUUUUGUAACUCACCAAGAGCCAACUGUGGAUGGCAACAGCUCUUGGAUCUCAGAGGACUUUUCUCCUGAAAGUCAGACAGGGGAAGCAGCCUUGUUGGACCUCGGGCAGCCAUUGACUGCUAAGGACCCUGCCUCAGUGCCCGACGCUCUGCUCAUCUCGGACACGUGUCUGGAUGUAAGCGAAGCUGCCUUUGAACACAGUUUCAGUGAUGCCUCAGGUCUCAACACGUCCACGGGAACCAUAGAUGACAUGAGUAAACUUACAUUAUCAGAAGGCAAUACUGAUACACCCGUAGAUGGGGAUGCUGGGAAGCAAGAUAUCUGUUCCUCUGAAGCCUCAUGGGGUGAUUUUGAAUGUGAUGUCAUGGGCCAAAAUAUGGAUGAAGAUUUAAUGAAAGAGCCUGAACACUUUCUCUAUGGCGGUGACCACCCCAUGGAAGAGGAUGCUCUGAAGCAAUCACUGACACCUUACACGCCUCCCUUUGAUUUGUCCUACCUCACAGAACCUGCUGUGGGUAUCAAAAUGGCAGAGGAAGCUGGGACUCCAGAGGAUAAGUCUGUGGGGAGUGAAGCAGGAGAGAUAUUGCUUUCCACUCUUCCUGAUCAAAGAAGCAAGGAAAACCGCACUGAGACCCAAAUCAGCCAACCUGGACACCAGCUGGUUGUACUGCAUAUUCAUGAAGACCCCGAGUCAGUUUCUUUGCCUGUCAGAGGUGAUUCCAACAUGGAGUUGUCUCCAUCAAACAUUGACUGGGAAGUAGAAACGGAUAAUUCAGAUUCACCAGCAGGUGGAGACAUAGGACCAUCAAACGAUGCCAGCAAGGGAAUAUUCAAGUUCGAAGCAGCAGCAGUAAUUCCUACCCAAGAGCCUGAGCCGAUAAAACCAGAAUUUGGAGAAGAAAGGAACACGGAGAAGAAUGAAGACCAUCAGGCACACCACCUGGACUACAUACUUGUAAACCAUGAAGAAAAUUCACCCCUAGAGCCAGAGGCCUUCGAAGCAAGAGAAAGCACAUCGGAAUCGGAAGAGUUUCACGUAAGUUCCAAACAAACGGGGCUGCCAGGAACUGAAGUAGCAAGCUACCCAGACAUUUGUCUGUCUGACUCCUUAAGUGAAAGACAAGAUCAUUCUGCAGAAAGAAUGUCUUCUGAAGAUGAUAAGAGACCAUCUCUUGAAAGCCCUGGGCAAGAACAGAGUUGGAUGAUCUUGGGCCAUAGUGAGGUUGGCAAUCCAUCGUCAGAAGCUACAGACGAAGGGUCUGACAGGGCUGUGGAGCCAGCCUCUGAUCACAACUUGGGCAUGAGUCCCCAAAUGCAGGCUCUGGGAGAAACAAAGCCUCUAGAAUCUGUAGCAAUAGAGGAGGCCUCUGGUCUGUGCAGCCAAUCUCAGAAGAGCAAGAGCGGAGGCAGGGCUGGCCCAGAUACAGUUAUGUUGCAGACUGUCGCCCAUGACAAUGAAUGGGAAAUGCUUUCACCACAGCCUUCACAGAAAAACAUAAUCCCUGUGACAGAAAUGGAGGAGGAGACAGAGUUUCUUGAGCCCAGAACAAGGAAACCAAGACCAAAUAGACCACUGCCAGAGGAUGUGGGAAUGGACAUCCCCUUUGAGCAGGGAAUGCUGAGUCCCGGUGCUGCAGACAUGAGGCCUGAACCACCCAAUUCAUUGGAUCUUAAUGACACUCAUCCUCAGAGGAUCAAGCUCACAGCCCCAAACAUCAAUCUUUCUCUGGACCAGAGUGAAGGGUCUGUUCUCUCAGAUGAUAACCUGGACAGUCCAGAUGAAAUCGAUAUCAAUGUGGAUGAACUUGACACCCCUGACGAAGCUGAUUCUUUUGAGUACACUGGGCAUGAGAAUCCCGCAGCCAACAAAGAUUCUGGCCAGGAGUCCGAGUCUAUUCCGGAAUAUACCACAGAAGAGGAGCGGGAGGACAACCGGCUGUGGAGGACAGUGGUGAUUGGAGAACAAGAGCAGCGGAUUGACAUGAAGGUCAUCGAGCCCUACAGGAGGGUCAUUUCUCACGGAGGAGAUUCAGGAUACUAUGGGGAUGGCCUAAAUGCCAUCAUUGUGUUUGCCGCUUGUUUUCUGCCAGACAGCAGUCGGGCGGAUUACCACUAUGUCAUGGAAAAUCUUUUCCUAUAUGUAAUAAGUACUUUAGAGUUGAUGGUAGCUGAAGAUUAUAUGAUUGUGUACUUGAAUGGUGCAACUCCAAGACGGAAGAUGCCAGGGCUGGGCUGGAUGAAGAAAUGCUACCAGAUGAUUGACAGACGGUUGCGAAAAAAUUUGAAAUCCUUCAUCAUUGUUCAUCCAUCUUGGUUCAUCAGAACACUCCUUGCAGUGACACGACCUUUUAUAAGUUCAAAAUUCAGCAGUAAAAUUAAAUAUGUCAGCAGCUUAUCAGAGCUCAGUGGGCUGAUCCCAAUGGAUUGCGUCCAGAUUCCAGAGAGCAUCAUCAAGUACGAUGAAGAGAAAUCUCAUAAGAGAAGUGUGAGACUGGAUGAAGAACUGAGGGAAGCAUCAGAAGCAACUAAAACUAGCUGCCUUUACAAUGAUCCAGAACUGUCUUCUAUGGAGAAGGAGUAAGAAUUCACCCCUUGACCUGAAGUUAAAAGAGAAGCCCUAGUUGGCCGUGGCAGGAUGAAGAGGAUGCUUUUCUGCUUCGUGGUUCUGUUGAGACAUAUCUACCUGGAAGAGACAGGGCUGAUGGUACUUUUCCCCCCUUUGCACUACCUGGUGCCGUUCUAAAUUUCUAAGGGGGAAAACAGUAAGGGAAUUUGUUUACUCUUAACAUGUUUUAUGAAAUUGUGUGUAUUUUCCUAUUUUGCCAAUUAUGUGCCUCAAAGAUUUUAGUUGAACCUUAGCAAGAAAGUAGGACCUUCCAUUUUCAUAUUUUGUUAACCUGUGGUGCCGUGGUAUUUCAUCUCUUAGACUGGUAUUGACCAAUAAGAUAACUUCAAUGCACUGUUAAUUGUAAGUGGAUUUGCUUCCAUAGAUUAGCUCCGUGGUGAUCAUUUUAGGUUUAAAAUACACUGGGCUCAACUCUCCCUGGAAAUGCUGUCCCCAAGUAACUCCACUUUUAAAGUCCUAAACUUGUUUAACAUAGCCAGAAACCAGAAAUGAGUGAAACCACCCUCGCUUGGUCCUAGGUUCUUGUCCACAUGAAUGAAUUCUCUCUAACUUCUCAAUGGGAAGCCAGGCUUUCUAGUUCACAUCAAUUUUAUUUUAGUGAUCAAAUUGGGCAUCAUGUUUCUUGCAAAUUUGUUUUUUUAAAAAGCAUUUCUCUGGUAAGUGUUGAAGACUUCUGCAUGGAGAAGCUCAAGGAUCAUUGUCCACAUUUUUGGUGGCUGUCUGUGGUCCAGGUCAUAAACUUAAUUCAAGAUGCUCCACUUUAAGUGCCAAGGACUCGAGGGUAAGCUGGCCCACUUAAAAAGUCAUUAUUUGGUGUCAUUCAGUGUCAGGCUGAAUUUCUCUCAUACCUUAUAAAAAGUAAUCUGCUUUGAAACACUCUAAUCUGAUCAUAGGCUUAAAAAUUAAAUAUGAGUAUAUACUAUCAUUUGCAAAAUAUCCCUUUAUAAUUUUCAUAUGUCCUUUAAAAUACCAGUGUGAUUUUGAAUCUAUGGACCUCUAAGCAGAAGAUGACAAACUACAGCGCAGUGUAGCCACCACCUGUUUUCACCUGGCCUUCUGGUUAAGACUGCUUUUCAUACUUCAUGGUUGAAAACAUUUUCUUACUAUUUUUAUGACACUUGAAAAUUAUUCAACUUUCAGUGUUCAUGAAUAAUGUUUUACUGAAACACGACCACACAGAUCUAUUUAUGAACUCUCUGCAGCUACUUUCAUACUGUAACAGCAGAGCUGAGUAGUGGCAAUGGACCCUGGAGCCUACAAAACCCCAAACACUUAAAAUCUUGACAGAAAAGUUCACUGAGCCCUGCUCCAGCACAUACAUCCUUGGCCCUGCUCCCCCAUUUGUAUGUAGAUAUUUAUUUCUCUAACAGAAUGCACAAGGAAGACUUCAAAUGAACUUAUUCUUAAAAAAAUAAAGUUUGGCAGAAAAAUUCAUGGCCAGCUGAAAAAAAGUUGUGUUUACAUGCCCCUCAGCGAAGCCUGCUGAGGUUUUGGCUGUUUGCAGGUGUUGCUGAGGUCCUGAUCUCACCCUGCGAACUAUUCUUAGUCUCCAGCACCACCUAUUACUAAUUAGCUAGCAAAAAUAAACAUGAAGUGGAGAACGGGGUUCCACCAUAAUCUUAAGGUGGUCGCUACAUCCAGGAGAGCUGUCCGUGACACUCUGAGCCCUGAAUAUUAUGAGCUUUGAAAUGCUGUGAAGUGGACUUUGCACAGGUGACUGAAUUUCACUGAUCUCAUUUGCUUCGUGUUGGUCUCCCAGCUAUGGUCUCCAUACUUAUGUGUUCCCCUCUUGGUUUCUCUCAGCUGAAGAUCUUAUUGAACUGUGUUCGUUGGGGUCUUCUCCCUCAUCACAUCGACUUGUCUUAUAGAAAAAAAAACCUAGAGCAUGCCUUCUCUCACAGCCCAGCGCCACCUUUGGGAGCCCAAAGAAUGCCUCUCCCAGAACUUAGUGUUGACAUAAGUACAGUGAUCCAAUAUUCCGGUCGGUCCGCCCACUUAUCAUAGUUGCCCUGGCAUAAUUAUUAAUGAUGCUUCCUUUUCCUUAGUUAUGUCCCAUUUUGGGAGAUGAAUUACAUGGUCCCCCUAGCCACAAGAAGUAAUGACGACUCCAGUGUUCAGCUUAAUGGUGAAGCCUGCGGACAUAGAGCUGUUGUUGAUAGAGGAGGGCUUUUGUUAUAUUCAGCCAGACAUGGCAACAAUCUCACCAUUCACAUUUUCUUUGAACUGGUCCAGCCUUCUCAUGGAAGACUACUCAGAUGGCAUUCUGUUUGAAGUUUAACCUUCCUACACGGAAAUUACAAGCAUCUUUUCCAAUCAGUGAUUUUACUUGGGCUGUUCUAUGGGCUGUAUAAUCAUUCUGGUAGUUAAGCAUUUGCUACUUUAUUGUCUUAGAGAGACAAAUUAAUUUCACUGCAUGUGCUAGAGAAAAGCCACCAUGUGAAUUCAAUCCAAAUAAAUAGAACCCUAGAAGAAUCCUGAAGGAUUAAUCCCUAAAGCAGAUAGGUAUGCAGAUGUAAACAUUCACAUCAUUAGCUAUCUAGAUCUUGCAUUCUGAGUAUUCUUGCUUUGGUCCUGACUUCUGGGAACUGUAUUUGCACUAUUCUGCAGAUUUGUAGUUAAGGGAACCAAGAGGCAAAAAUAUUUACUUCCCAAAGUGGCAACUGCUCUUUGCUUAGCUCCUUGAUUAAGAGAAAGAACAGAAGUUCUCCCCAGAAGAUACUGUCAAGGGGUGAGGGCAAUAGCUGGGUGUAGAAGAAAACUCUGAAGUCUCUAUUGAAGCCAUACAGUGAUUUGUGGGGUUAUCUUUUAAGACAUACUCCAAGAUGCGUGAGGAAGUCACUACCCCAAGCCUUUGUGUUAUUAAGAUCCAUUUUAAGUGUUCAUUUAUGGUACUGUGUUUGCAGCGCUUAUCUAAAUCACAAUGCCUCAGUAGUUUGCUCCCUUAAACACAUUUAUGUGUGCACAAAUUAAUAUUUUAUAUAUUUAAAAGGUUUUCUACCAUAUAUUGGAUUGCUCAGAGUAAAGUAUCUAUUAGACUUUGUUUAGAUAAAUAAUUAAAUAAAUUAUCCUUAAAUAGUAUGGAUUAAUAAUAUAAAGAUAUGUAACAAUACUAUAUGUAGAAACAGAGAGACUCUGUAAAACUGAGAAAUAAAAGGUGAUUCCACAA